AUGUCAAACAAAUUUGUUGCAUUAUUAUUGUUGGCAUGUAUUGUAACCGUUCAAAGUGAGACUAAGAUAGUGAGCCCAGAAGAAUGCUAUGAUUAUUGCUACCGUGCCAUGUUUAUGCCCAAACUCGUUGCCGAAAAUGCAUGUAAAUGGCGUUGUCGUAAUUUCAACAUGUACGAAUCUGUUAACCAGAGGGGAACAAUGAGGGGAAAGAUUCAAGACUUCUCCGAUCCAACUGCGUCUCCGGCCAAGUCUCCGGUCCCAAAACCGAAAGUUCAUUGA